AAUACUACCCGCUCUCUGAUUCUGAGUUACUAACGCUAGCCUUUCACUUCCCCAUCUUCCAUCUCUCUCUCUCUCUCUCUCUCUCUCUCUCUCUAGCGACUGUGAGAGCGAGAGAGCGAGCAAUGGAGAUGACCAUGGCCACUCCCAUCUCCUUGACAAACCCUAACCCCACCAGGAACUUCAGCUUCUCCUCCCCUCGCCUCCUCAGAACCCCAUUCUUCGGCCCUACCUUAUCUUCUUCCACUUCAAUCGCCAAAAAGACACCAUUCAAUUUCCGGUCGAGAAAUUCGAAUCGCAAUUCAGUUAAAUGCUCCGUCUCCGGAGCCACAGAAGCUGCAAGAGAAGCCGCAAGAGAAGCCGCCACAGAUUUGUUUUAUUGCCUCAGAGAGAAGGAGCCAAUUGAUGAGGAGAAGUGACAUAAGGAAUAUAGCAAUUGUUGCUCAUGUAGAUCAUGGAAAGACAACGUUGGUGGAUUCUAUGUUGAAACAAGCAAAGGUAUUUCGUGACAAUCAAUUUGUACAGGAAAGGAUAAUGGACUCGAAUGAUCUAGAGCGUGAAAGGGGAAUUACAAUACUAAGCAAAAACACCUCGAUCACCUAUAAAGAUACCAAAAUUAAUAUCAUUGAUACUCCAGGCCACUCUGAUUUUGGUGGGGAAGUGGAACGUGUUCUCAAUAUGGUGGAGGGAGUUCUUCUAGUGGUGGAUUCUGUUGAGGGUCCAAUGCCACAAACAAGAUUUGUUCUGAAGAAGGCUUUAGAAUUUGGUCACGCUGUUGUGGUUGUUGUUAAUAAGAUUGAUAGACCUUCUGCUCGUCCAGAAUUUGUUGUCAAUUCCACAUUUGAACUCUUUAUUGAACUGAAUGCUUCAGAUGAACAGUGUGAUUUUCAAGUGAUAUACGCAAGUGGUAUUAAGGGAAAGGCUGGACUUGCUCCUGAUAAUUUGGCAGAAGAUCUCGGUCCUCUCUUCGAGACCAUUGUUAGAUGCAUACCAGGCCCACAUAUUGACAAAGAUGGGCCCCUCCAAAUGCUUGCUACAAAUAUUGAGUUUGAUGGGCAUAGAGGACGGAUAGCCAUUGGGCGCUUACAUGCUGGUGUUUUGCGGAGAGGCAUGGAUGUUAAGGUAUGCACCACAGAGGACACAUGCAGAUAUGGUAAAGUUAGUGAGCUUUUUGUAUAUGAGAAGUUUAGUAGGGUUGGUGCAGAAGCUGUGGAGGCUGGUGAUAUCUGUGCUGUUUGUGGUAUUAAUGAUAUUCAGAUAGGGGAGACAAUUGCUGACAAAAUUUCUGGGACGCCACUUCCUGCCAUUAAGGUGGAAGAACCUACCGUAAAAAUGGCGUUUUCGAUCAACACUUCACCUUUUGUUGGCCGUGAGGGAAAGUAUGUUACCAGUAGAAAUUUGAGAGAUCGUCUUUAUCGCGAGCUUGAGCGAAAUCUGGCUAUGAAAGUCGAAGAUGGUGAAACUUCAGAUACUUUCACUGUUAGUGGAAGGGGUACUUUGCACAUCACCAUUUUAAUAGAGAACAUGCGAAGAGAAGGUUAUGAAUUCAUGGUGGGACCCCCCAAAGUGAUCAAUAAAAAGGUGGAUGACAAGUUGCUGGAACCUUAUGAGAUAGCCACCGUGGAGGUUCCAGAAGCCCACACGGGACCUGUUGUGGAAGUUCUUGGUAAAAGACGUGGGCUUAUGUUUGAGAUGCAAGGGCUUGGGUCGGAAGGAACAACUCUACUUAAGUAUAAGAUACCAACUCGUGGACUCAUUGGCGUGCGGAAUGCAAUUUUAACCGCUUCUCGGGGAACGGCAGUUCUCAACACAAUAUUUGAUAGCUAUGGGCCUUGGGCUGGUGAUAUCAAUACUCGUGAUCAGGGUUCACUGGUUGCAUUUGAAGAUGGAACCACAUCAUCGUAUGCUCUGUCUAGUUCACAAGAAAGAGGGCAGCUGUUUGUUAGCCCUGGAGUUGAUGUUUAUAAAGGUCAAAUAGUAGGCAUCCAUCAACGGUCUGGUGACUUAGCCUUGAAUGUGUGCAAGAGAAAGUCUGCAACAAAUGUACGUUCCAACAAAGAUGUAGCAGUGGUUCUUGAUACUCCGUUGGAGUACAGUCUGGAUGAUUGCAUAGAGUACAUUCAAGAAGAUGAACUAGUGGAGGUUACACCCAAGAGCGUUCGGAUGUGCAAAAGUCCGAAAUUUAAGAAGACCAAGUAGAAUUGUGUUACCGGCUGCACACCAGGUUGGCUGCUAAUCCUUGAAGAAUGCCCGAGGGGCACGUCUAUCAUACUUUAUGAAUCUUCCCCCAUGCAUCAGCAAUCCGUAUUGUUGAUUUUGUUUGAUAUUCAAAUUUUGCAGCAAGUUUUGCUUCCUGGUCUAGUUAAUGUGUAUAGCAUUGAUCCUGCAAAGUUGUAUAACAUAGCUCAAAAGAUUGAGAACAGUAGUAUAAUGAGAGCAAAAGUGUCCCUAAUUUCAUCUGCAUUCUUCAUGAAUGGGACGGGGAUAAUACAUUUCUUGUUUACAGAAAUAUCUAUUUAUAUACAAAGAGAAAAAGCAAGUUAAAUCUUGGCGACUUAA